AUGAGGAUGUUAAAUCAGCCUGCAGAAUAUCCAGUACACCCGGACUAUUAUGAAGUCGAAAACCCUAAUGGAACAUAUGAAAAUGUUUUCGACCAAGAUGCUAUUAUUGUUCAUGCUUCAUUUUCUGGCGCCCAAAACUCUUUCUUAUGCUUGGCAAAUGACUUUUACGAAAAACCUACAAAGUUAUACGAACCACCAAGUGGAAGUAUUUCAGACUUUCAAGUAUGGUUUACUACAGAUGGAAGAAAAAGAAUAAUUCCAUUAUACCAUGCGUUUUACUUAGAACUUAGUUUCAUAUACAACUACUAUCGAACGGUAAAAAUAUAA